AUGAUUGCACAAGAUGUACAAGAAUUGAAAAACAGAUUUACGAUAUCGCACUUCAUCGUCCUGAUAUUACCAUUUUUGGCAAUUGGCCUAAUCACUAAACUACCCGAAAAGCCAGAAGUCAGAUUAGUCAAAGAUCGACAUUGUUUUAAUACUUGCAAACUUCGGAUAGUUGAAACAAUCCCAGCAAAUAUCUCAUUUGGAGAAGAUACUGUAUUCCCAUUAUCCACGUUUCGAGCCUGGAAAUCUUUAAUUCUGAAUGCUCAAGAGGAAUUAUAUGUGGCUGCCUACAAAUCAAGUCUUCAAGGAAAACAUGUACUUGGAGAUUCUGCACAAUACUAUUCACAAGAGGGCGACACCAUCUACAACACCCUAAUGUCAGUGGGAAAAUCCCGAAAAGUCAAUGUCCGUAUGGUUGAAAACUACCCACCAAAAGAUAAAGGAGAUAAUGCCGAUGGAGUGAUUCUGGAGAAUUUCGGAGCCGUCACAAGGAAAUCAAUCGAUAUUUCGGAAUAUAUGGGACGAGGCAAAAUGCAUUCGAAAUUCCUGGUUGCCGACCGCAAGUCCUUCUAUCUAGGAUCCGCGAAUCUCGAUUGGAGAAGUUUGAACCAAAAAAUGGAGUUGGGAGUUCUAGUAGAAGAUUGCGAGUGCUUGGGAGAAGACAUGCACAAUAUAUUUCAUGUUCUUUGGGAUUUAAAAAACAAAGGAAUCGAAUCAAACGAAGCUCUUAAAGUUAAAGCUGCCUAUAACAAAGAGAAGCCGCUGGAAAUUCAAGUUCAAGGAGAGAAAGCGCAAGUCUACAUUGCCACGUCACCAAAGGAGUUGAAUAAUCCGAGAAGGACUUGGGACUUAGACGCUAUUGUGUCGGAAAUUGACGCCGCCAAAAAAUUCAUCGAUAUUCAUGUCAUGGAUUACUUCCCGCUGUUCAUCUACCGUAAUCCUAGAGUUCAUUUCGCAAAUAUUGAUGAUGCCAUUCGUCGGGCCGUUGUUAGAGGUGUCAAGAUUCGAUUUUUGGCUGCUGCACUUCAUUAUCCGGAUAUUGGAACUAGAUUCUUGAAGAGUUUAGAGAGUUUGAAUGGUUUUCAUGCUAAUGGAACUAUGGAAGUGAAAAUCUUCAAAGUCCCUCGAACCAACAUCGAAUCCAUUGUGAUCAAUCGUGAACGUCGUACCCAUAAUAAAUUCAUGGUCACCGAGUCGGCUGGAAUAAUUGGGACCUCUAAUUGGUCUGGUGAUUAUUUCAUGGGCGGUACCACUGGAGCAGCCAUUGUCAUCCGUCAAACCGGAGAAAAGCGGCCGUUUGUGGAUGAGUUGAAG